AUUCAUGGGAAAUAUGUCGUGAAUAUCAUACCUGCUUUCAGAUGCGGCAUUUGGCCAAGAUCUGCACGAGAAGCAAUAGCCGCCAAUGUGAAAGCAGUGGGUUUUGAUCUGGUCAGCAAAGAAGGUCCUGUCAUCCGAGAUCAGAAAAACGAGUGGGGCAAGCAUUGUUCUUCUUCGGCAGCUGCAUCGACAAAUUUCUCCACAAGUUACGCAACGCCGGCCGGCACGAGUGAUUUCACUCACGUUUUUCACGCUUUCCCGAACAACAGACACCAGCAACAGCCGGGAUUGGAUUCAUCCGUGUCCGCAUCGAUUCAGGAUGCCUGGACAAUGAGCUUCUCUCAAGCAGAAGAAAUUAUGUUGCGACCAGGGUGCAGACGCCAAUGCCUCAGCAUACUCAAAACACUACGCGAUCGACAUCUAGUCACCAGCACGGAGACUGACGCCAAAACUGUCAAGCACGACACCGUCAUCACCGUUCGGGUUUUAACGGCUGUCCUGUUGAACGAAUGCGAAAAACAUCCCAAGGAACAAGACUGGCAACCUGCUGCUCUCGGCCAAAGGUUGAGUGGGACUUUGAUACAACUCAUGGCCUGUUUGCAGAGCCGCCAAUGUCCCGAUUAUUUUGUUCCCGCACUGGAUUUAUUUCAAGGAGAAACUCCUGAACAGCUGGAACACGCAGCAAGGAAGUGUUGGAAACUGACCCGGGAAAUUCUCACCAAUUCAGCGUGUUUUCAAACGCUUUAGCGAAUUUCGCACUAAUGCCAGUCUUGCGUUUCUGUCAGAAAGAUUCGGUGUUGAUUGCAUACAUCUUGGAACUGUUGCUGAAAUGCGCACAUGAAGAAACUUUUCGAGACUGAAAAUUCGAAUAUGUUUCAAUUUUCAAGUUAUAAAAACGACCACGAUGCAAAAUA